AGGUAAGACAUGGGGUUUGUCACCUAGAAAUGCCCUCUGGAUUUAUACGGCUGUAAUCCGACCUAUGCUUACAUAUGGUGCAGUAGUAUGGUGGUCAAAGACCUUACAGAUUCGACUACGAGCAGCAGAAAUUCUAAUGGGUGAGAGAUAUAGUAAAAAUGCCAUUCUCUGGAAUGAAAUGGUGGACUACCCACCAAUUCUGGAAUGUAUAACAGACUUCACACCUCUACAACACAUUUUCACGAAGAAAUAUCUCACCCACCCAAGUUCCACAGAAGUAGAGGUAAAAAACAGCCUUAAAAUCUACACUGAUGGUUCAAGGAGAGGGGAAGGAGCUGAAGCCGGAGUUUUCUCGUACGAUCUCCGACUCCACGUAUCUGAACCUCUAGCCCUGAGUAAAAUAACAAUUACCUCAGGACUUGUUAUGGGUCUUCAUCUUACAUUGGAGAAGGCCGCAGUGCAUAACUCUUUUAUACUUCAUUGGACAAGAGGAUACUCGACUUGUUCAGGUAACAAGCACGCUGAUAGGCUUGCCAAAAGAGCUGCCAAGCGAGCGGCAUGUCCGCCUGAACCGAUAAUCGCUCCGUCCUUGUCAACUCAGAUUGAGAUAGUUAAAGAUUUUACCCACAAAAAGUUUAUGAACUGGUGGGAUAGGGUUAAGGGCUGCCAUCUCUCUAAGAAAGUAUUACAUUAUCCCUCAGCAAAGGCAAUCUUGUCUUUCGUAAGGCUUGGUAGAAACGCUUUACGAACUGUAACGGGACUCGUCACUGUAAGGUAAACAAGCAUCUUUAUAACCUUAAGCUUGCUGUUAGUCCUCUCUGUCGCCUCUGUGAAGAGAGCGCGGAGACGGUUCGACACAUCUUGUGUGAAUGCCCCACUUUGCAAGACCUCAGAAUGAGAGACUUCGGAGAGGAAUGGCCGAGCAGAUGGC